AGUCAUCGACGAUCGCUCGAUAUCACAACGCGAGUUGACGGGAUGAUACGCUCAGGCGGGAUCAUCGCGAGUUAUUUUCGGAGCGACGGCCGCCGGACCGGACGACGCGUAUAGACGCAUGCUUGGACUCGUUUUUAGAGGUUAUGUUGAUUCGCAGAUUCACGUCGAGUUCGACGCGCAGCAUCCAGGAUUCCCGCGAUAACACGGCGCAACGAGGUGUCAGAGAAAAAUGUUGUGUAUCUCGUACGUGAGAUCUGUCUGAGGUUUUCAUAUCCGAACGUUUUGAGGAGGUGAAUUUCUGCAAAUUUGUUGACCUGUUGAUAUUGUUAUAUUUAUCGUAAAUAUGGGGAAACUGGUUGCAUCGAGGAUACGUUUUAUGACAUUUACAUUCUUGCGACAUUUUUCAGCAAAGCCAAAGACGACACCUGAGAUGAUUUCCUCUCUGGUGUUUAACGAGGAUUUAAAGCAUAGAAAUCAUCCAGGCAUUAUUAAACCCAGGACACCGACAUUUCCCGAAUGGACAUUGAAAGAAAUAUCUAAUAUUUUGGCAGAUCACCAGAUAUCCUUGAAGGAGAUUAAAGAGAGCGCGGAGAAAUUACUCAAUCACUUGAAUGGUCGUCAUCAGCCCAUACAAGAAGCAAAGCUGUACGAGAAGCUGUUAAAAGUGGAGAAAUGUUUGAACGUUAAUAAGGAUGACGAUGAGAAAGUGAGCAUAGAGGAUAUAGAUUUCAAGAAGAAUAGAAGAGCUAAACUUCUCCUGAAGCAAAAUGUCUACAACUGGCAACCGAUAAAUUUUGACAAACUCACUUGCCUGACAUACAUGGUAGGUAGAAUUGUUCAACAUUAUGCGGUCUCGCACAAAAUUCUAAAAGAGAUCAGAAUACGUGAUGAAGACUUCAAGCCUCAGACAUUGUUUGACUUCGGUUCCGGCCUCGGUACGGUCACAUGGGCAGCUUCUGAGAUUUGGCCAAAUUCGCUGAAGGAAUACCUGUGCAUAGAGACGUCGAAACCGAUGAUCGAAUUGUCUGAGAGAUUGGCGAAAGUUGCCAAACCUAAAAUCAAGAAUAUCUUUCACCGAGAAUAUUUCCCGGCAUCUCCCAAUCCUACCUACGAUAUCGUAGUGAGCGCGUAUUCCUUAUUCGAGUUGCCCGGUACGGAAUCACGUCUCGAAACUAUAUUAAAGCUCUGGCAGAAAACUGAACGCUACCUCAUUAUUGUAGAGCAAGGAACCAAUGCGGGAUUCGAGUUAGUGAACGAAGCGCGGGACUUAGUCCUCAGAUACACGAAAUCGAAGUACCGGCGCGGCGAUCAGCAAAACGCCUACGUAUUUUCACCUUGCCCGCACGACUUGAAGUGUCCGAGAUUCGGCGAGAAGACUCCGUGCAACUUCAACGUUCUGUACCACCCUCUGCCGUUUCUGAAAAAGCCGCAACACAAGUCGGAAAAUUAUUCCUACGUCGUGCUGAAGAAAGAUAAACGUCCGGAGAACGACGAGCAGUGGCCGAGGAUCGUGCGGGCUACGUUGUGUCGCGGCAAGCACACGAUCUGCCGCAUGUGCGUCGCCAGCGGCGAACUGAGGGAGGAGAUCUUCACGAAGUGGAAGCACGGAAGGGAUGUAUACCGUUGCGCAAGGAACAGCAAGUGGGGCGACAGGCUGCCGAUACAUUACAAGGAGCUGGAGGAUAUUCCGGAAGGGAAUGACACCGGAGAAAGUGCUGUAGAAUGAGGAAAUAAAAUUAAACAUCUGAGCUUUAAGAAAUUAA